GUGGGUACAAACUCCAAAAUGCAAAUAAUGCUCUUAUCCAGUCGUGUAUGCAAUAAAAAGAGUUAAGAGAUGCAAAAACAUAAAUGUCCCAGGCCACAAUCUUUCAGAGUAAUAAUACAUAUCCCCUCCACAAAGCUGUUGUAUACAAAAUUAUUUUUGUGUGGUUAUUAUUAUCCUUACAGAAUAUUUUUCAAAACGAAUCUUUUAAAAUCUACUUUGCCGUUUUGGGUUUACACUGAACCACAUUCAGUGUAGUAGAGCUUUUCACUGUGGUACCAGAAUACAUUCAAGUGCUGUAAUGGUCUGAAUGAAGUUUGUUGCAUUUGAGGACACGCCCACAUCACUGACGUCAGAGUGGAUACUGUCCAUCAGUCUUUCAAGGGCAAAACUACGGAGAACCGGGAAAGAGCCAAGCGCCGUUGGUUACAUUGAAAUAUAAUUAAACGAUGGUUCCGCCCUCAGUUUGCUGCACCACAUGAUUACCAUGGAAGCUGCUUUUCUGUACAUAAAGAAGGGGAAACCGUCCCUUGCCUCAGGCCGCUGACAGCACUCGAAGACCCAGCGGGAUUUGAACACUUUGAGCAGACGCUUUUAAAGGGGUAGCACCGGCUAACUUGUAAGUCAUCAUGGCGGACACCAGCUUCAACAACAUGACAUCCCUUGCCCGGGCAUUGUCACAACCGAAGCUAGACCUGAUAGAGCCGAACGAUGUGUUUACUACACGUGCUGCUCAGGUGUAUCCGUGUCGGAGGAGAAAGUUAUCGAGCUGUAACUCAGUGGAGUCUCUUGAAACGUUGACACCACCUGCUGCCGAGGCACGAGUCCUGGUCAUCAACACCGGAGGAACCAUAGGAAUGACGCUUCACGAUAACGUGCUGGCGCCAAAAGCCAAUGCGUUUGUUCAGAGCCUGCGCAAGCUGCCCAUCCUCCAUGAUGAGACAUAUGCCCAGCAGACCUGCCUGUAUAACUACUAUGGAUCUGAGAACACCCUGGUCCUGCCGAAGCCAACGUCCCAUUGUGACCAUCUAUCUCACGGGAUGAGUAAAAACAAUAAGAGGAUAGUCUACACAAUCUUAGAGUACAGCCCUUUGCUGGACUCAUCUAAUAUGACCACAGAUGACUGGGGUCGAAUUGGAAAGGACAUUGAGAAAAACUAUGAAAACUAUGAUGGCUUUGUGAUCCUUCAUGGCACAGACACUAUGGCUUACACAGCCUCUGCCUUGUCCUUCAUGUGUGAACACUUGGGAAAACCAAUCAUUCUCACAGGUGCACAGGUGCCUAUCUAUGAGAUGAGGAAUGAUGGCAGAGGCAACCUGCUGGGGGCACUGCUGAUCGCUGGACAGUUUGUCAUUCCUGAGGUGUGCUUGUAUUUCUACAACAAACUCUACAGAGGGAAUCGCGUGACCAAGGUGGAUGCUGGGAGUUUCAACGCGUUCUCCUCUCCUAACUUGGCUCCACUAGCCACUGCUGAAGUGGAUGUUACAAUCAACUGGGAUACCGUUUGGAGGGCAAACACUACAGCGAAGUUUCAAGUCAGCACAGAGCUGAACCGGAACGUAGGCCUGCUCAGGCUGUUCCCGGGAAUAACUGCUGCUACUGUGAGGGCUUUCCUGCAGCCGCCCAUGGAGGGCGUGGUCCUUGAGACCUACGGCAGUGGUAAUGCCCCCGAUAACCGUCCAGACCUGCUGGAGGAGCUGAAGAAGGCUACUGACUCUGGCGUCAUCAUCAUCAACUGCACCCAGUGUCUGAGGGGGACUGUGUCUACAUCUUACGCCACUGGCAAGGUGUUGAUUGAUGCAGGGCUGAUAGCUGGUGGUGACAUGACCCCAGAGGCCGCCCUGUCAAAGCUGUCCUAUGUGUUGGCCAAGAAGGAGCUCGAUCUUGAGGCCAAAAAAAAGCUGAUGAGUCAGAACCUACGCGGUGAAAUGAGCGCCGACCUAGCUGGAGCCAAGCUGUGUCUGAGCGACAGCCGUUUUAUCCAGGUCAUCGCCAAGUCUCUGAGCAUCAGCUGCAAGGAGGAGCUAGAAGCCAUUCGUGAUGCUCUGACUCCUCCACUGGCGUGUGCUGCUGCUAAGAUCGGAGACAUAGAAGCUUUAGAAGCCCUAAAAGAUAUGGGCAGUAACUUAUGUCUGGGUGACUAUGAUGGACGCACACCCCUGCAUAUUGCCGCCUGCGAGGGCCACCUAAAACUGGUGCAGUAUCUACUAAGUCAUGGAGCCACAGUCUAUGCUAAAGAUCGUUAUGGGGAUACACCCUUAUGCAAUGCUGUACGCUUCAGGCACAAGGAAGUUGUGAAGCUUCUGAGAAAGACUGGUGCCCACUUCUCCAGAGACAAGUUGGAGGAAGCAGGAACAGAACUGUGCAGCCUGGCAGCCAGCGGUGACCUGGAGGGUCUGGAGAUCUGGAGCCUUGCCGGAGCAGACCUGAAUAGACCAGGCUAUGACGGACAGACAGCAAUUGAAGUGGCCCAGGCUGUAGGCAAAAAGGAAACUGUGGCAUUUUUAGUCCAGCUCAUGAGUAAAAACCCCAAGAAAGUAUUUGGUGAAUUUAAUACGUGUGAUGAAUAUGAUGAUGAUGAUGAUGAGAGCGGAGUGAUCGAGUUCACCGCCACUCCAUCAAGAGCGUGAGCUGACGCUCCCUCAGCUGACAGGAAUCGUCCUCUGUUUGUGUCCGCUUCCUCCCUAGCCGUCCUCCACACACCGUCCAGUUGAAUUUCACAGAGUUACUCUCACUUUGAACGUCUACACAAAGCCUCUUUUUGCAUAUUGUUUACAGAUAUCACUUUUCCUGCCAAACCCACAAACAGCACAACAUUCUGUAACUUGGAAUGAUGAAUGUUUCAGUCAUAGGCUUUUGUUGCUAUGUAUGUACAACAGACUCAGUUAUUGUGAUGUCCAGUCAGGGAAUUAUGGGUGAACUUCACCUGAGUUGUUUUAACAUGGAGAGGGCUGAAACCUCCCAUUACUCUUUGAACACUGAAGGAUGAUGAUUCAUUUUUCUUUCAUUAUAGCAAAAGAGUUGUUAAACUCUGAUAGUGUAACA